AGAAUGGUUAAAAUGCUAGAACAAAUGAGUGAACAGGUUGAUUCCCAGCUAUUAAGCUUAGAGUGGAGUCGUUUCUCAGAGAAUGUUGUUAUUGUUGUGCUAAGCAAAAAGCAAGUCCUACAAACUGGUGUCCACUGUUCCUUUCGUGGCAGUAAGGAAUCUAUGAAUCAUGGAUUCACAAGCACCAGUUUUCACUGUAGCAGUCAUGCUUCUGAAAUUGUGAGUAUCAUAUAUUUUUGUAUCAUUUCUGGUCCCAACCAUUUUUUAUUUUUAUAUUAUAAUUAAAUUUUAAAACAUUUGCCACCAAAUUCUUAGACUGUAUAUACUUCCUAUUUAGUCUGUGACAAAGUUUCCGUGUUACGAGUAUAUGUCUUUAAAUUGUGUUGCCAUACGUGGCAGUUAGUAUUAAGAAUUACACCCAUUAGAGGCUAAUAUAUCUGCACACUAAUUAAUUACAUGGUGUGUGUGUGUGUUUAAGAAAGUCAAAAUACUUUGGAUAGUAAUUAAUUUGAAGGAGACUUAAAAUAUUUCUCUAAAAUUGGAGGCAUGCAGUUGAUUUUAAAAAGGAGCAUUUUGAUUAUGCAUACAAGGAUAAGAUGAUUGUAAUAAAGACUUUGCAUAUUUUUUUUUUAUAAAGAUGUUGGUAACUUUCUUAUUUUUCAGAAUACACCAAUCUAUGUUAACAUCCCAGCACUGAUGGCUGCAAAAUCACCCAAACCAGUUGAUCCAGCACAAACAACGGAAUGGCCAAAAGAAAACAGCACAUACAGUUCAAAUGACAUCAGCAAUGAGACUUUUGUCUCAAAUGAUACAACUUAUCAUUUCUCUUCAUCAGACACAUCAUCUCUGCCACAAGAAUUACCUGUGUUCCCUUACUCUCCCAAUUCAUACCCACUAGAAGCCCAAGCCAACAGACCAAGAGAGGAUGAUGACAGUGCCACAUCAACCUCAGCUUUCCCCACAUUUUCAUCAAGCACAAGCCCAUGGGAUGCUCUCAAUAUAUCCUCAAAAUAUUUCUCAAAAUUAUCAAAACCCUUGAAUUUAUCAUCCCACCUGAACAUCUCUGCCAAGCAUCUUUUUCCAUAUGCAAAUAUUUCACCCAUCAAUACCAUUCAUUCUCAGCAUAAAACCAAUGUCUUUGUGAUUCUACAUCGAACCAGUAAACUAUUUCCAGUCCUUCAGUCAGAUUUACAUGAUCCUGCCUUCAGGAAAGGAAACUGGGCAGUGGUGACUCCUGUCUUAGCAGUUUCUAUUGGUAUGUUGAGAAAAAUAUAUGAUAAAUUUAAAAAAUCACAUUCUUUGUAUGCACAUCAUUAUGGUAUUGUCAUAUUUUAUUCUGUAUAUAUUAAUGUAAACAUAAAGAUUUUCUAUUUUAAAAAAAUGAUGGUGUGAGAUAUCAAUAUUUUAUUAAACUUGAUUAAAUUUAUUUGAUGGAAAGUUUAAGAAAAAAACACAUUUUGUCAUGUCCAUUUUCAAAUUUUUAAAUUGUUAAAAAAAUUAGGUGGACCUGCAAAAAAUUUGUCAAAACCUGUUGUGAUAACAUUUGAAGUUGUAGAUACAAGAAAACCACUCAAGGCAGCAUAUUUUGAUUUUGAUUUAAAUGGUAAGUUCCAAUAAGAAAAUACAUAUAGCAAGUGUAUUUGAACAUUUCUAAAUAAGAAAAAAUAAGUUAUUAAAAAAAUUAUGUUAUAUUAAACAAAGAUCAUAAGCACAUACUAAAAUCAUGCUCAGGUCUCAUAUAAAUAAGCCUUACUUGUCUUUUUUUUAUUUUUUUAUAAGACUAAUAGAGCAGUGAAAGUGUUUUUUGUGUGCACAUUAUUGCUUAUAUUACGUGUGGGUGGGAAAUAGUAUAUAAUCAUUCAAGUUAUGGUUAAUGUUUUUCUUUGUUUCAGAAGGAAAUGGUGGUUGGAAAACUGAUAGGUGUGAAAUAAUCAAAAGGAAUGGAACUUCAAUUGUUGUUCAUGUUUAUCAUCUUUCUAACUUUGCACUUCUGCAGGUAUUUAUUUAAAUAGUUUUAAAAAACAUACAAAUUAAUUUUCAGUGGUGCCUUGGCUGAAAUGAGAAAUGUGUUGAUUUUUUCAACAGUAGUUAUAAAUCUAAAAGCUGAAAUUAUUAAAGUAUUUUAGUUAGGGCAGAAAUCUAUCUAAAGAUUCUUAUUUACAUUAUUAACUUAACUGUAUCCAUAAAACAAUAUCUGUAGGAAUUGUACUCAUUGCACAGACUGAUGUCUUGGUUGUUUUUAAUACGAAUAAUGUUGUUUUAUAAACAAAUUAACUUUUGUUAUUUUCUAUUCUUACAGGAUCGUUCAUUUCAAUACAGAUUAGCUGCAUUUGCUAUGGAGCCAGUUUUGUAUGUUGGCAGCGGAGUAUGCAUGUUCUGUAUGCUUCUUGUAAUGAUUACUUUGAUGGCAUGUUUUGGGUAAGUCAAAUACACCCAGUUCCUCCCAAAUAGACAUAAUUAUAAACCAUGCAUGUUCACGAGUUCUCUAAACACAGGUUGCUAAAAGAGAUCAGAAUUGCAGACAUGUCAUCAUUUAAAUCACCUUUGGUUCCAGGAGACAAUGAAAUUAUCUUUUUCCGGUUGUGUUAAAAAUAAAAACCAAAAGAUCCAUCUAGCGGCCAGCGUCUCAAUGUGAAUUAGCUCUAGCUUGACCUUUCUCUAAAAGAUUUUUGUGGAAUUCUUGACACAGUAGAAAACUUUGGGCUCACGUUGAUGAGCGAGACAGACAUUAUCACAAAAGGAAAAUUGGUAUUUAUACCAACCGAUACAGCGGAUGGUAAUAAGAAAAAUUCUAAGAAAGAUCAAUGGUACAAUAAAGGUAUACAGCAUAGUGUGGUAGUAUCCUGACUCGUGACCGUGAACAAUAAUGAAAAAUUGUGUUAUUAAGUGCAAUUAUUUUUAUUGAAUUAACAAUUAUUAGCAAGAAGAUAUUGCUGCUUGCACAAGAAAAGCUUAAUUGAGAAUAAAUUACAUUUACCACACUGAAUUUUUAUCAAGCAUACUAUGUUUUGUAUGUCGACACUCAAAUAUAUACUAAUAACUCUUGUUUUCAGGUCUAUUGGAAUUCCCAAGAAAAUCAAGCAUGCGGUUGUGAAUCUUUGUUUGAGCACAUUCUUAAUGAUGGCAGCAUUUAUAUUUGGCAUCAAUCGCACAGAUUUUGAAUUGCCUUGUCAAAUGGCUGGCAUAUGUAUUCAUUACCUUACGUUAUGUGCAGUUUUUUGGAUCACCAUUAUGUCCAAGUAGGUUAUUUACCAGUAUCACUAAUCUUUAAAAAUAAUAUUAUUAUUAUUUUGCUGUAACAAUAAUAUUUUUAUAAUUUUGAUUUUAUAUUUCUGGAAUUAUGAAAUGUCAGGAUUUAUUUGAUUGAAUCUAAUUAAGUCUUUAUAAAAUAAUGUUUGGAUACUAAGAAUGAGAACAUUCAUUAUUAUUUCUAUUUUACCUCAGCAUAAUUUACAAAAAAUUCAUCAAAGCCAAUCGGCCCCCAGAGCCUCCACCUGAGCUUGGCCCCAUGCCACUCCCACCAAAGCCUAUUCUCCAGUUCUACUUUGUUGGAUAUGGUGUACCUGUCAUCAUUUGUGGCAUCACAGCUGCCGUAAACAUCAACUUUUAUUCUGGCCUCAAAUAGUAAGUGGAGAGUCAUAACAUAACUUUACCAACCCCGGAUUUUAUUUUGCUGAAACAAGAACAUGAUUUGUAAUACUUAUAAUGUUAUUUAAAAAUUGUUAUUUAUUCAUUGAAGUGAUGCAUAUGAUUAUAAUUAUUCCAAUAAUACAAUACAAUACUGUAUAUUUUUUACCUGAUAUGAAAAUGUAGCAGUCUGUACAUUUGCACCACUAAGGAAUAUAGAUAUAGACUAUUGGUUGGUAAUCAUAGUUUGUAUAAUCAGCUUAUAAACUUAUCUUCCACAGCUGCUUUCUGGAAUGGGAACCCAGUCUCGGUGCCUUUUAUGCCCCAGUAGCUUUACUUGUUGCUUGGAAUCUUGUUCUUUUCAUGAGAAUCUCCUGUGUUGUGAGGUCUGUGCCAGAAACUGACAGUGAGGCAGCUAAUGAAAGUGACAAUGAAAUCCACACCAAUGAAAUUGAGCUUGUGCCAUCUCAGCCUGACACCACUACAAACACCACUCAUAAUAUCAACUUGCAUCAUUCUAACAACAACAAUAACAUUAGCAGCAGCAAUGGUGGAGGUUAUCGCAGGCGAUACAGUCGAGCUAGUAAUGAUGAAGAUGAGGAGGAUGUCGUUUCUGUGGCAAGUAUCCCUGACCAGGAGCGAAGGCCUAUCACACAACUCAGAUCUCUAGUUGCCUUCCUCUUUUUGUUUAUAGUAAUGUGGAUGUGUGGCGCCCUGGCCAUUGCCAAGCCUUUCCGUCUCAUUAUCCCUCACCAAGAAAUCAUUUUCAGCUAUGCUUACGGACUGAUGAGUUCAUUCUUUGGUAUUUUCAUGGUUAUUUAUUUUAUUUGUACUCGAAGAGAUGCUCAGCUGAGCUGGAAACAUGCGAGUGGGUGUGCCCCAAAGGAAACAUAUACAGCCCCAAUGGAAAUAACCGAGCUGCAACCCGAACCAACCCCUGUAACUCAACCACAGGCUAAUGGCAGUGCUGUCAAGUCUAAUAGCAACACCAACUUGUCAUUAUACUCCCAAAAAUCUUCCAAUAUCACAAAGGCUUACAAUAUGAAGAAUAAUAGCAAACAGUCCAACAUCAACCUUAUCAUACCAAAUUCUUCCGAGAUAUCAUUCAAUUCAGCGCAAGAAGGCUUCCCUAAUUUUUAUAAUCCCAGGCAGAAUGGAGCCGCUAAAAAAUUUUGGCAGAAAAACCGACACCACAGCAAAGUUAUGAACAAAGAUGUGAACAGGGAUCUGAACAGCAGUCUGACUGACAACAAUUCGGCGGGGGAGCUAAACCAUCACCGCCACAGUCAUGGAACCAGUAGUGAUGCCAAUACUCACCUUAGUAUUGAGAUUCAGAUUCAGUCAAAAGAGAAGCCCUCUGCCAAAGCUGGCUCUUUCUCUAGCUCCAGGGAAAUCCCUGUUCACAUAAAUAAUCAAAUAACCCCUCAGAAUAUGCUGGGUUCAUCCUGUGGUGCCAUAUCACUGGAGCACAAUAGUCAGGUAUCUGGAAUUAAGUCAACAACUCCGGACAGAGACACAAAUUUUGCUUCAGCCUACCAGCAAGCUAACCCUAAUCAGAAUCUUCCUCAGCAUCAACGUUCACCCAGUGCUGGCUCACUUGGGACUGGGGUUCAUCCUAGCGCAUUCACUCCAGUCCAGCCCCGCAAUAACAACACACUUCCUCGUCAUGGGAAGAAUCUUGAUGAGGGGGAUGAGAAGCUGAGGCUAGCAGAUAAAGAUGGUUCAGUACCACGGAAUCAAUUAAGUGGGACAAAUUCGCAGACAGAACGGUCUCUCCAGGGAGAAGCUCCACUGAGACCGGUGAAUCCAGGUGUAGCUUGGAAUCCAUAUUGUAAUCUAUCUCCCUUAACUAGUCAUACAGCAACAUACUCAUUCACUCCUCCACCGCCUGCUCACUCUCAACAACAACAUUAUCCAUUUGACUAUGGUGUAUUCCCUCAGCCAGUUUCUCUGAAUCCCCAAAUAUUUAAUUUGAAUCAAAGUCAUCCUUCAGGCCCUAAUGGCCUUUCCCCCACACCCUUAAAUCAGCAGGUGCUACCCUCAUUCAACAUCCCGCCAUCCCCAUAUCUCAUACAGUCACAGGGUCGACAAGUCAAGUCCAUGAGCCCUGGAUCCAGUAGUUCUCAUUCACAGUCUCAAACAAACCGGAAAAAUCGCUGUAGUGGCAAUAGCUGGCGUCCUCUGUCUGGGGGGGAUAGUUCAGACAGCAGCCGGCCACGACCUAAACGAACUCAGGCAGGUGGCAGUCCAGGGCGAACUGUUACUUAUGCCCCCUGUAGCCCAGUUAUGUCAGACAGUCAGGCUUAUGAGCCUCAUUAUCAGGGGCCCAAUCAAAAUACACAACAAAAUAUGAAAAAAGCUAGGUCAAUAGAUUCUGACCAUCACUCUGAUCCAACACACAGGAAAAAACAUCAUAGAUCUGAAAGGCACUCUAGAAACAAACUUACCAACAAGCAGAGGUCAUUGGGAUGGGAUGAACAGUUUAAAGGUCGACCAUCAAAAGCAAAUUAUGUUUAUGUUAAUCACAUGUACAGAGACAAAGUUAUGCACAAACUUAUCAAGCAGGCUAGUGAAAGUGAUGAUUUAGCCACCAAAGCUUUUUGGCUUCCCAGAUCAGCUAGUGAGUAUGAACGUUUAACUCAGAAAGGCUUUUGUAACAUGGCUGAUGAUUCUAGCACUAGUUCGGAUGAUGGCGACAGUUUAGACGAUAAUGUCUGGAUACGACAAAGUUCAGGUUCUGAUUUCCAAAAGAAGGAAACAAGUGUUUAGUUUUAGCAAUAAGCACUGGAAAAUAUACAUAUUGUACAAUUUUAAGUUUUUUAUAAAGUGUGAAAAAGCAAAUGUUUGCACAAAACUUUGAAACUUUAAAUGCAGGAUAUUUACAUUUGUUUGGCAUCAGAUGUGCAAG